AUGUCGCUUCAAUUAGCCGAUAGAUCCGUUAAAUACCCUAUAGGCAUACUUGAAGACGUCCCUGUUAGGGUGGGUCAGUUGUUUAUACCUACUGAUUUUGUUGUCAUGGACAUUAAAGAAGAUGACGACAUACCAAUCCUCCUAGGUAGACCGUUCUUAUCGACUGCUGGAGCCGUAAUAGAUGUUAAAAAAGGAAAACUAACUUUUGAGGUAGGUGAAGAGAAGAUAGAAUUUAUAUUGUCAAAAUUUCUUAUGGCACCUGUGAUAGGAGAUUCUUGUUAUGCCUUAGAUAUCAUCGAAGAAUGCAUUAGGGAAUUAGAACAAGAAGAAGAAAAAAAUCUAUAA